AUGGCGACUUCAUCCAUCACUGCAACUAAUUCCUUUUCUUCCUCCUUCCAUGGAAGCUGGGGCAGCACCAUAGCCGGUGAAGAUUACUCCACCAUGCUCACAAAGACAACUACGGUUAAAUUCCGAAAAAAUCCAUUAAGUUUUGGCCCAAUGAUGGGAAACGUGAAUGAAGGGAAAGGACUUUUUGCACCAUUAGUUGUCAUCACUCGUAACAUAGUCGGAAAGAAACGCUUCAAUCAGCUUAGAGGAAAAGCAAUUGCUCUACACUCACAGGUAAUCACCGAGUUUUGUAAAUCGAUAGGGGCCGAUUCCAAGCAACGGCAAGGGCUCAUUCGUCUAGCGAAAAAGAACGGCGAGAGACUUGGAUUCUUAGCUUAGCAUACUUUUAGUUUCUCAUAGUUGCUAUCAAGAUCAAUAUUUUUUUCUCAUAUCUAUAUAUAUAUAUCAUCGAAAAGUUUAGCUUUAA